GUUGUUUUGGAGGGGAGAGGAGCCGCUCUGUGAUGUUAUGUCCUCUCGGUGCCUGUAGUGGUGCUGUAGGAGGCUGCCGGCUCUCUUCUUGAGCAGCCCCAGCAGCCCUGCCUUCUUUGCUGGAGAAUAUAUUCAGGGAUUCCCCUUAAUAAUCACCUACCCUCUGAGCACUUUGUAGUUUUAAAAUAAUAAAGAGCCCCCAAAGCUUCCUCCUCACAAAAAAGCAGGAUCUCCUCAGAGCCAGGGGGGCAGCAGCUCCUCAGCACAGAGCCCGAGCCCAUUCCCAGUCCCUCUGCCGGGGAGGAAACUCUGAUCUGUCAGCCCAACAGAGGGAAAGGGGGGAGAGGAGAGAGAGGAGAAAAAAAAAGCAGCUGGAAAGGGAAGGGACCGUCUGUAGUUGUGAAGUGAGCCCACUGGAGAGCCAACCAAUACGCUUCACCCUGCACAGACAAUCCACAUCGUCUUGAUUCAUCAUCAUUCCAGGAUAGUGGUGUCCUUGGGGCUCUCUCUUAACACUGAUAUGGUACAGAAGAUUUAAAAUCAGCUGAUGUUCACAAGGAAUAGAGUCACGUGAUGUAUGAAGGCAAACACAUACACUUCUCUGAGGUUGACAAUAAGCCCUUGUGCUCGUAUAGCCCCAAACUGUGCAAGCAGAGGCGACUUAACGGCUACGCCUUCUGUAUCAGACACGUUCUGGAGGACAAGACUGCCCCUUUCAAGCAAUGUGAAUAUGUGGCCAAGUAUAACAGCCAACGCUGCACCAACCCCAUCCCCAAAUCUGAGGACCGUAGGUACUGCAACAGCCACCUGCAGGUACUUGGCUUUAUACCGAAAAAGGAGAGGAAGAAAAAGAAUGAUCCCAUAGAGGAGGUAAAGGUCAGGCACCAGAUGGAUACUAUGGCCCUCAGUCUGACGAUGCCCACCCUGGCCUUGAAGAUGCCCAAUGGACUGGACGGGAUGUCCCUCUCCCCUCCUGGGGCUAGGCUUCCUCUCCACUACCUGGAGGCAGAACUAGAAGACCCCUUUGCUUUCAACGAGGAGGAUGAUGACCUAAAGAAAGGGGCAACGGUGAGGAAAAAGUUGCAGAGCAAGUUGGCUCAAAACCGGCAGCGCCAGAGAGAGACAGAGAUUUUAAAAGUUCGCCAAGAGCACUUUAGCCCCCUUCCUGCACCUUUGCAGCAGCAGCCUCUGCAGCAGCAGCACUCCCAUCUGCCACCUUCAUCAGCUUUGUUAAAGCCAACAGGGCUACCGCAGGGCAUAGUCUGCAAGUCACCUCAACCUCCGAACACCAGCCUACCAAUGCAGGGAGUGGCACCCACCACACACACUAUAGCACAAGCCUGGCAGUUGUCUAACAAGAGACCUCUGCCUCUCCUGCCACCUGCUAGGGCUCCCGUCACGGACCCUCCAAGGACUGAUCGGGUCCUAAUGAAAGCCACAGCCUUUUCUCCGCACUCGUCCUGCAUGAGCCGGCUACAGAGACUGGUGAAACUGUGCACUCGAAAACAGCAGCUGGACACUGAUCUGUUUCCACACCUAGGGCUGGAUUGGUCUGAAGACAGUGGAGAGGAGUUGGAGGAUUCAGAGCAAACUUCCUCUUACCAGGUUGCGUGGUCUGUCCGAGAAACCCUCGGCUACGAAAGACAUGAGUCCGAUGAUGACAAUUCGGAUGACAGGAGUUCCAGGGUGACCAGACUUUGCACUUACUUUCAGCAGAAAUACAAGCACCUCUGCCGCCUGGAGCGGGCAGAAUCUCGUCAGAAGAAAUGCCGGCACACGCUCCGGAAAGCCUUGCUGCAGGCGGCCAGCAGAGAGCCAGAGCGUGCCGGGCAACUGAUCCAGGAACUCCGGAGAGCGACCUGUGCUCGCAGCAGCCCAAGCCAAGCCAGGCAGAGAGAUGCAGAACCAACAACCUGUAGUGGCACUUCGAAGGGAGAACCAUGCACUAACAAGGCCCUUCCAUUCACCAGGCAUUGUUUUCAGCAUAUCUUACUGAACCGUUCUCAGCAGCUCUUCUCAAGUUGCACAGCCAAGUUUGCAGAUGGUCAGCAGUGCUCUGUGCCAGUUUUUGACAUUACACAUCAGACACCUCUGUGCGAAGAACAUGCCAAAAAAAUGGACAACUUCUUGAGGGGGGACAGCUCCCGUAAAGUUCAGCACCAGCAGCAGAGGAAACCCAGGAAAAAAACAAAGCCACCUGCACUUACCAAAAAACACAAGAAGAAGAGAAGGCGAGGCCCACGCCGGCCCCAGAAACCUAUUCCUCCUGCAGUGCCCCAAGGGAACCUCACCAUGCCUGCCAGUGUCUCACUGCCAGUAGAGAUGCCCCAUAUACGGAGCCCCUCCACCCCAGAGCUGAGUGCCGAUGAGCUGCCUGAUGAUAUCGCCAACGAAAUCACAGACAUUCCACAUGACUUGGAAUUGAAUCAGGAAGACUUCUCUGAUGUCCUGCCACGGCUGCCCGAUGACUUGCAAGAUUUUGAUUUCUUUGAAGGUAAAAAUGGAGAUCUCCUUCCAACAACAGAAGAGGCUGAAGAACUGGAACGGGCCCUACAGGCUGUAACUUCUCUUGAGUGCCUGAGUACCAUUGGAGUACUUACACAGACAGAUGGUGUGCCAGUUCAGGAGCUGUCAGAUAGAGGGAUAGGGGUGUUCUCUACAGGUGCUGGAGCUCCAGGAAUGCAGUCCUUGAGUCGAGAGGUUAACACGGAUCUGGGGGAGCUGUUGAAUGGGCGUAUAGUACAUGAUAACUUCUCCGGUCUGGAGCUGGAUGAGAACUUGCUCCGCUCUGCUACCUUGUCCAACCCACCUACGCCCCUGGCAGGGCAGAUCCAGGGGCAAUUCUCAGCCCCAGCCAACGUCGGCCUUACUUCUGCCACUCUGAUAAGCCAGAGUGGCCUUGGGGAGAGAGCCUUCCCAGGACAGUUUCAUGGACUUCAUGAUGGCAGCCAUGCCUCCCAGAGGCCCCACCCUGCCCAGCUGCUGAGCAAGGCAGAUGACCUGAUCACCUCACGACAGCAAUACAGCAGUGACCAUUCACACUCCUCACCCCACGGAAGCCAUUAUGAUAGUGAGCAUGUGCCGUCUCCCUACAGUGACCAUAUCACAUCCCCUCACACCACAUCCUUUUCUGGUGAUAACCUGGCAGCUACCUUCUCAGCAGAGAUGCCCAUGAUGGCACAGCACUUGCUCCCACCUCAGCUGGAUGUGCCACUUAGCGGGGUGGUCAACCCCAGAACUCACUGGGGAAAUCUUCCUGUCAAUCUUGGGGACCCCUCUCCGUUUAGCAACCUUCUUGGUGCAGAUGGACAUCUCCUGUCCACCUCCCUGUCCACACCACCUACCACCUCGCACUCAGAGACCACACAGCCUGCCUUCGCCACUGUGACCCCCAACAGCUCCAGUGUGCUUCCGGGGUUGCCGCAGACCAGUUUUAGUGGCAUGGGUCCUGCCUCCGCUGAACUCAUGGCCUCCACCUCCCCUAAACAACAGCUCCCUCAGUUCAGCGCAGCUUUUGGGCACCAGCUGAGCUCCCACAGUGGCAUCCCCAAGGACCUGCAGCCCAGCCACAGCUCCAUAGCUCCUCCCACAGGCUUUGCAGUGACCGGUGCCACCGCUACCAGUACCAAUAACGCAUCUGUGCCCUUCACCACCUCCAGCUGAGCUUGUCUGCCUGGCUCUUUGCAGGUAGAUGGGGGACCUGUGUUUUCUUUCAUUUCUUCCUUUAUUUUUUUUCUGUCCUCUCUUCCCUCCCUACCCCUUUUUUUUUUUUUUUUUUUGAAUGAAGGGGUUAAAAAGAAAACCCCAGCUUCAGUACUGACCAGGGUUAGCCCUCUGUGAACCUUGCUGUAGCGUUCACAUGUGCUUGUUAUGCACUGGUGCUCAUUUAGUGCAGGCAGGUUCACUGUUCCCCAGUAAUUCUUUAAGGAUACAGCACAGUUACUGGAUGUAAUUGAUCUUAGUAGUAAGACCUAGCAAUGGGAAGAUACCUCAGAUUACGGAUGCAUGUUACUGAUUCCUAGGGUUUGGAUCAGUGCUUGCCAUCCCAUUAGCAUCUGGUAGAAAGUUUUCCAGUGGGCAGAAGUCUUUUUAUUAUUAUUAUUAUUUUUUAUUUUCCCAAAGGUAGCAUCUGGCAUUGAAAACUUGGCUGCGCACAUUGAAUUGAGAAUAGUGCACUGAAGUCCUAAAACAAGACCAUGGUUCAAGAAUGAGUUUGACAGCUUGUUAAGAUAGUGUCUUGAUCUCCUCUGUGUGCGUGUGUGUGUGUUUGGGGUGCGGGAAGCAGCAGUUCUUUUCUGCUUUUGGUGAAGAAGUGGAAAAAAUGGGAUUUGUCCCCUUUUGGAUCUGGUCACUGUUCUUAAUGCAUGCUGACUUUUAUUUUGAUGAUGAUGAUUUUUAAUUCAUUGAGCAGCAAGGGGAACAAUUGACUGGUUGCCCGUAAAUUUGAAGGCUGUUGCAAAGCUAACCCAGAGGAAAAAAAAAAAAAAAAAAAACAAAACAAAACCAGAAAUGUUGAAAUCAAAUAAUGGUAUAGUGAAGAUUCCUGUGCAGAAAUUCCCUUCCCUGCUGAAUUACUGUGGCCUUGUAACAUUGAUGAUUUGCCUUUUCAAGUGUGGCUUUGUCCCAGACUCCUUGCCUGACAGGCUGACAGGUACUUUCCAGGUGAAACUGGAAGAAUUCAAUUGGUAUUCUGCCCAUCCACACAAGUCUAGUUCAGGCCCUUUGGUAAGUUCCAAACGGAUGCAUUUCUCAAAUUGUUUCUGCCUAUUGUGAUUUUUGUUAGCUUUUUUUCACACCAAGCCAUAUUGUUUUUGGGUUUCUUAUGGAACUUGAUGCUUUUAACGUGAAGCUGAGUGUGUGUGUGUGAGGAACUAGCAGGUACCUAUUAGCAGUCAUGGCUAACCAAAAGAUAAAUCACUAAAGGAAAAUAGGUAAAUAAGAGGUUUUUUUGUUUCUUUUUUGGCAGGACAGUUUUGCUUUUACUGCCUACCUGCUGAAGACAGUGUUCAGACUCUUAAGUAGUAAUUUCAGAGUAAUUUCAGUUCUUAUAGAAUGGAGUCCAUUAGCUUUUAGGUGUUUUUAUUUUUUUAUUUUGUUUUUAAUCCAAGGGAUAACAGCAGCAGAAAUCCAGAGGUGUUUACAUGUAUGUCUUUACUGGAAGGGAAAAAAGGAAUUUGCUUGCGACUUUAUAGGGCUCAGAUUUGCUACUAUACUUUGAUUGUAAAAGUAACUCCUAUUUCAUUAGUAUAACACGUCUCUACUAUUCUUGACUUGUUUCUGAGAUGCAAAUGAGAGAGAAUAGAAAAACCCACAUUUCAAUCUCCGACUGUAGAAGAGGGAUUUCCUUCCACCUUAGUGUAAUGCAUCCUACCUGCAUAUAUUCUAGUCUCAUCCAGGAAACUGAGAACCAAGCACAUGUGAUAGGGAGGCCUAAUAAAUUGUUUGAGCAAGAGAUCUUUGAACUAAGUUUAGUUUCUAUAGAAAGUCAUUUCGUUAGCAGUCAGGCCCACAUCGAACUCUGACCCAAAUCUCCUUUCAUCUUGCUAAAGAACAGAGUUUAAAUGGGAGGGGUCUUGUCUCCUUACUAUCAUAGCAAUCAUACUAUUUCCUUUUCUUGAAAGGUUUGUCCUCCUUAAACUUAAAGGAGUAUGGAUGAUGUGUAUGUCCUUUAUGAAAUUGCAAGUGUAUGUGGGUGGAGGAAACAAAAAUGAUUUUCAUGCUUCUGUUGUUAUGAAGUCCUUAUUUCAUACUUGGUAAAAUAGAUCUUAAUAAUAUAACGCAAAUAUUUUUUAAGUGGUGAUUUAAAUAUGUUUGUAACAUUUAAAUGUUUUUAAAUCAUGUAAAAAGUUGAAUUGAAGCCUAUGAAAUCCUGCUUGUGAUUGUCCUGCUGAUUGAGGAAUGCCCAGUGGUAUUGUGAAAUGAGGCAAAUCUGACAAGGCAUUUAUUUAUUUUUGUAUUAAGUUCCCCACACUUUGUUGAGGAGACAACUGUUUGAUUUGCAAAUGAUUUUCCUUGUGUCCAUAUUCUUUCUUCAUGUUUUGGAUGACUGGCUGAAAAAAAGUGAAGAAUUAGUAUACCAAAUGGUUAAUUCUUUAAUCUGCUUGUGUAUUUGUGUCAUUUUUAGAGGAUGUUAAUUUUUAUAAAUUGGUUUCAGGACUUUGGUCUUGAAAUGAUUCUUGUGCCCAUCAAACUCUCUAAUGAAGCUGCAGCUAUUGCAGAGUUUAAUUGCUCCACAUUACAUUUCUCUUUCUUAGCAAAUGCAGGGUGUGAAGCCGGGGGAGGAAUGGAGGGCCAAGUUCAGCUUGCUCAAAUUGGCAUAAAUUUCAGAGGAGUUCUUUGGUAUAAGGUCACUGUGAGUUUGUACUGGUGUAAUUCAGAACAGAAUCCAGAUCCUGAUCUGAGUGUUAUUUUAGUCAGGGAAUUUCAAAAGCUAUCAAAGUUAUGCAGGUUCAUAAUUCUCAUUUGAAAUGAUUGACCAUUAUGGAUCUGCAUUCCUAUAAGGCAGCUUGGACAUCAACUCUUCCACCACUUAAACUUCAGUUUUGUAUAUCCUUUGAUGACCUUUUCCUGACAAGUGAUUAGGUAACAUUUUUCAGUGAGCAAACUAAAUUUGCAGUAAACUGUACUAUUAGAAAUGAAGUUGUUCAUAUGCAUUGGAAGUAGGAAUCCCUCUGUCCUGUCUGAUAGAGUUCUGAAAUGGGCCACCGUUCUUGCCUUCUCCUGAUUCACCUCCACUGCCAGCCUGACGAGAACUUAGGAGAACUGAUCUUAGGUUUACAGGAGGGUUCGUACCAGUAGACUUCUACACCUGCAGAGCCCAUUGAAUUCAGCGGAUCGGUGUCUUACUGCUGGAUAUGAAAGAUCCCAUUGAGGACCUUGCGCAGCCAAAAAUUUGGCACCUCUUCCUCUGGGAAGUGUUGCAGGUCUGGAGAGGUAGUCCUUGUGUAAUUCCUGAAUAGCAUUCACCCUCUCUCGCUGAGGUUUUUGAAUAUCAUCUCCUUGUACAGCAAUUAGCACUCUAAUCGCCCUUUCACCAAAGAGUCGGUGUAGCAAUUUCAGUCCAUUGAUUUGAGUUGGUCAAUAUCUGUCAUGCCCUUUACAUAUGAAUGGAUGGAAUAAAGCUAGUUUAACUUAAAAGUUAAUUUCCUUACAUAAGAUUUGAGUUGUAGAGAAUUGAGAAAAGAAUUAGACCUAGAAUAAAGUACCAUUAGGAUCGUUUUUUGUUAAUAGCUGCAUCUCAAUAAUUCUUUGUACAAAAGUAUAAGAAUUGACAUAAUGACACAUAACAGUGUAUGGAGGCUGAUAGGAGCAGCCUGAUGGUGGCCUGGUGUGUAAGGUGUUCUGUUAGAUACACUUUCACUUAGGAAGAUUUUAGGCCAACUUCGAGGGGAGCCAUAUUCACUUAGAUACCUCAAGGCUGAUUUGUUCUUAGGCCUUGUCAUUAACUGAUAGAAAAAGAUGCAUCUGUGAUGCAAGAAGAUAGGAAAGAUGCCAUUUUUUGUCCCCUCCAGCUUUCCAUUUCCUCCAGGUUCUUGCUUAGUUCUCUUCUCGUUGGUAGCAAGCUUCUUUGUGUCUUUGGACAUAAAGGUCAGUGAAACAAUUACAUCAAUAAUGCUGAAAGGUAGCACAGAUGCAGGUCUGCCUCAUACACUACAGUCUGCAACAGCUAGGCUUCCCACUUCUUUCAGCAGGUUAGUGAAUGAGGAUUCACAGCUCUUGUUUGAAAACAUUAGAAUGCAUUGAGAAGCUUACAACCCAUUAGGCAAAAAGCAGAGAUGGUAUUGGAAGUACAAAUUGUAAGGGAAGAAAUGUUAAAAGAGGAGCUGGGAAUGAAUUUGCAGGUUAGUACCCACAUUCAGUUAGAAGCACUAUUUUGUUGUAAUCACAAGUACAGUCUAGGGUUGAAUUGGCUUGCCAGGGAAGGUGGGUCUCAAGGAAUAAUACCCUGUAGAGGUAUCUUCACUGAGAAGUUGUCCCUAUUGAUUAAGUACACAUGCUGCUGGUCCACAUCUGAAGCUCCAGCUCCUCCAUGGUACUGUAGCAGCAUGGCUGUUGCAUUUCCCUGUAGGCAUCAGCAGGACCAGCUCCCUGGUACUGAAUCUUUCAAGUGGUGGAAGGCAAGGCCUCAGCAAGGGGAGUUUUCAGCAGGCAAACAGUAGGCAACUCACCUGUGGUGAUUCUUCUGAUUCUUCUGCAGUGAGGCAUUGUGUGGGUGUCUGGACAGCUUUCCUCAUGGGAUGUUUCUUUUUGCCUUUGAAUUUUUGCCAUGACAUGUAAAGAAGUCUCCUAUGCAGGCCAGUUGCAGCAUCCUCUGGUGGCGGAGAUACUAACUGAAGGAAUAGGUUUGGAUCUUCUGAGUGAUAUUUAGUGCUGGGGUGUUGUGGGCUGCUCCUCUUACCCCUCUACCCUCCUUUUAUUUCCUUCCCUCUGCAUUCUCCGUUAUUCUUUCUUUUAGUCUCCCAUUCUCAGAUAGUUCUCCAGGGUAAGUAAUGCUAAGUAAUGCCAACCGUAAGUCUUCUGUGGCUUGGUCCUGAGCGAAUGUGGCUGUGAAACACAAAGAAGGAGAGAUUCCUGCAUUUCAUAGCAUACAUCUGGAGUGCUAGAAUGACAGUGUACUAGACGUAAAAUAUUUCGCAGCUCAGUGAGUAGGGUUUCACAGCACAAUGAUAGGUUGGAUGCUGAGGAGCACACACAUCAGCAGUGAAUGUGUAGGCUUAUAGUGAACAUUUGCCUUCUCACAGAUUUUUCUUGUUUUGAGAAGUGCAUCAGUAGAAAAACACAAAAGUUAUAGAUUAUUCUCUUGAAAAGCUGCAUGAAGAAGCCCAGCUAAAAGUAAAGAUGGUUGGGGGAAAAAUUGACAUUUGAACUUACUAAGCUUAAAUUCAAACUUCAGGUGACUCCUAGUCUGUGAGAGACCUUAGCUCUUUCAGCUAAAUUAUUGGGAAUGAAAAGCCUGUGGAGAAGGAGGAAUUGUAGAAUGUUAUGUCUUGGAACAAUUUUCUCACCCAUAUCUUCAUCCAUUUAAACACAAACCAAAAAAGUGACUCAGUUCUGGGAGCUUUUCCUUUGCUGUUCUGCUACUUGUCUCCUGGUUGUUGGGUUCUUUGUUUUCCCCUGUUGUAUUCUGCUUCCACACACUUGUUCUCUGGCCCCUGUGGAAUAGGGUGGCAGUGGAGCAUGAAAGAAGUCAGUGGGCUUGGCUGUAGAUGGACAUCAGUAGAGAAGGCUUUCUUUUUCCAGCUCCUUAUAAGUGUUGGCAUCUUUUCAGUCUUCCCUGGCUCACAGAAUUUAGUUUGGAAGUCAACAGGUUGAAAUUCAGGCUUUUGACCAUAAAACUGUACGUAGUUGAUGAGGAAAAAAUGCAUUCCUUGUGCUCCUUCCCCUCCCUAGCCCCCAAGCACACACACAGUGAGAUGCACAGAGUACGUGCGCGUGCACUUGGUCCAGCAGCACUAACAUUUUAUCUGCUUCCUGUCUUCACCAGCCGGCGCCCACUGAAGUGAGCUCUGGGUGGGUGAUGUCCCCAGGUAUCCUCUGGAAAACUUUAACUUUGGUGCAGAUUGCUCUAAUGUAGCUGACUGACAUGGCAUUUGCUUCUACUUUGGAGUGGAUAAUUUACCCUGUAAUGACUCUAACCUGCGUUCCAAACAGCAUAGUUGGUCCCAGUGAAAACAGAUUCAUUCUGAAGUGAUGAACAGUUGGGUUCUCAUGCAAAAUAUCUACACAUCCUACCAGAAGGGGUUGAACCAGUUUCUCUGAACAGUGAUUACCUUCACUGUACAGUUUUGGGUAUGUCUCAGGGAUUCCUUGUGGAAAUAAGGGCAGUUAACAAAAAAAAAAAGAAA